AAAAUGUCUUCAGAAGGAGAACCUAAAUUCGUCGAUGCGUUAAAGACUGUCAAAAUUGAAGACUUUAAAGACGUCAACAAGAUUCCUUGUGCUCGCAAUGCUUUACUUUACGGCAUGGCUGCUGGUGUGACAAUGGGUGCACUUCGUUUUGUUAGCAAACGUAGAGUU